CCACCAGCUUGUUGCUUAACCGGAAACAAAAUAAAAAAAAAAACAGAAAAAAAAACGCACAACACACGCCAGGAUCCCCUCAGAGCUCCCCAUCAAUGUUCCAUCACCCGGUAAAUUCCAUUUUCCAUCCCUAAGACUUGUACUGCUAUCCGUUAUAAAGCCUUGUUUCCACAAUCUCAUAUAUUUAUACUUACAAAUAAGUAUAUAUACAUAAACCUAGAGCCCCAUAUUAAAACCCUUUUUGGGUUUCUGAUAUUUUAUUAAAUUUUCUGGGUUCUUUUUACGUUUUCGUACGUUCAUAUUGGCUAUUACAUUCUUUAGGAGUUUUUGAUUGAUUCAUCGAUUGAUUGGGUAUGAUGGACCUGAUUUAUUUUAUUUGAUGCUGAACUGGAUUGGGUUAUUUUUAGAUGGGCAUUGGAUGCUUUCUGAGAAUAUUGGCUAAAGUUUUGAUUUUUGGUGGCGGGCAUGUUUGGUUUUGAAGGGGGGCAUUUUAGAACAUGCUAUCUCUGCGCCUGGUUCGCAGAUUUGGCACUGCAACCCACAUUGUAGCGGCUGCUAUUACGUGUACUGAGAAUGUUAACUCUGUUAGGGAGAGGCCGGUUUCCAAUGUGGUAAGGGAACCCAUAGAGUUAGAUGAGCCAGCCCUUGUCAAGUUGAAGAAGGAAAGGGACCCUGAGAAGUUAUUUAAUUUGUUCAAGGCUAAUGCUCGUAAUAAGUUAGUUGUUGAAAACCGGUUUGCAUUUGAGGACACGGUUUCUCGAUUAGCUGGGGCGGGCAGAUUUGAUUAUAUUGAAAAUUUACUUGAACAUCAGAAAAUUUUGCCCCAAGGUCGUCGCGAAGGGUUUAUCAUUCGGAUUAUAAUGCUGUAUGGAAAGGCAGGUAUGUUUAAGCAAGCUGUUAAUACGUUCUUUGACAUGCAUUUGUAUGGUUGUCAGCGAACCGUCAAGGCGUUCAAUGCUGCACUGAAGGUUCUGACUCUAUCCCAUGAUUUGGAGGCAAUUGAGUCAUUUUUUAGGGAGGCUCCUUUAGAGUGUGGUGUCAAGCUAGAUGUAUACUCUGUGAAUAUCGUCAUCAAGGCAGUAUGUGAAAUGGGAAUAUUGGAUAGGGCACAUUUGAUCAUGUUAGAGAUGGAAAAGUUGGGAAUAAGACCUGAUGUGGUUACAUAUACGACGCUUAUAUCAGCUUUUUAUAAGUUUAACCAGCGGCAUAUUGGUAAUGGGUUGUGGAACCUUAUGAUUCUCAAUGGUUGUUUGCCUAACCUUGCCACAUUCAAUGUCAGAAUCCAAUUCUUGGUGAAUAAAGGUCGGUCUUGGGAUGCUAAUAAAUUAGUGGGUUUGAUGCAUCACCUAGGUCUAAAACCAGAUGAGGUCACAUAUAACUUGUUGAUCAAAGGGUUCUACCGAGCUGGAUUUCUUGAUAUGGCAAAAAGGAUUUAUUCACAUUUACCUGAUCGAGGCAUUCAACCAAAUGUCAAAAUUUAUCAGACAAUGAUUCAUUAUCUCUGCGAAGCCAAUGACUUUGAUUUAGCAUAUACGAUGUCUAAAAAAAGCAUGGAAAAGAAUUGGUUUCCAAGCAUCGACACUAUACUAAAGCUACUUGAAGGGCUACGGAAGACUGGAAAAAUUGAUAAGGCAAAAUUUGUGAUCAGUUUGGCUAAGAAAAGGACACCACCUUUUUCUGCACAUCAAAUGAAUACCAUGCAGUCUAUGCUGACAAGAAAAUAUGGGAAUAUUCAAACUGAAACUAAACUGUGAUUUUUGGAGCUCGUCAUCGUUCUCUACUUAAGGCUGUUGAGGCAACCGCAGCCUGAUUAGCACUUUUCAUGGAUCAGUAUUCAGAAGACGGUGCUUCUUCUUUGUCUUAAGUAAAAGCUAUGGUGUCAAUGAAGACCCUGGAGAAUUGAAUAUCUGCCAAAACUUUAAUCAUCUAAAUUUUUUCAUAUGAGAAAAAUGGAACAGAAUGGCAGCUGAAAUCCCUGAAUUGAGAUGUCAAAGGGUGUGAUGCAAAUGGUAAAACUUAUAAUAUAUGUUAUAUGCAGUGAUAUACAAGCUGCCCCUUCUGCUCAUUGUUUACGUACAAAACCGUUGUCCGGUGCCAGGAUGGAUAGCUGGAUGGAUGUAUUCAGAUACGACCGAUUGCACCGUUGCACUAGCGAAGAUUGAGACUGGGGAGAAUUUUCAUGAAAUACGUGACAUGGUUUAGGUAAUAAGGCAAGUAGCGGGUGUGUCUGCAAGUUUGUUCCAGAGUUUGUUGACUGGCUUGAAGGUCAGAUAUAACAUAUACUGUACCCUAUCUUCUUGGCCAAAUUUAGAAGGAAUAAAGAUGGACAUGGCUUUGGAACCUGCUAUUUGUCGGAACUGCAAUUCUUAUCACAUGCAAAAGAAUCCAGAUUACUGGCAUCAUUAUGUCAACUAUAUUUCCCAUAAACAAGAGCAUUGGUACCUGUUUUUGCAUACGUAAAUUUCAUCACUGGGAUGGAAGAAAAGGGUGCAUCUAUUAUGUUUUUCAUAAUGAUGACAGCGCAAGUUCCUCGUGAUUGGAUCACUAAGUUUCAUCCAUGCCAAAGGGAGUGCUACAGCAAGAAUUCUAUGAGAACAUCAUGAUCCUUUCAUGGGAAGGCAGGGAAAUUUCGUCAGCUGCUGGAUAGAUUCAAGGGCUUCAGAUAUAGUCGUUUAAACUUUAACUCUUGUAUUGAAGUGCCAGCUUGUAUACAACAUGAACUGUGCAGCAUCUCAUUGUACUCCAAUUGAAGCACUGUCAACCUACCCUCUCCUCCAUGCCAUUCAGGAUCUAAUCUAUACCCAAUAUGAACUAAUAAGAUUUACGUUUGAUCUUUGCCGAUAUAAGGAGCUAAAUUGUUUAGUUUACAACGUUUCCAU